GGGGGGGCGGGGUUGAGGGUGGCCCGGCAAGCUCGUCACGUGCUAAGCCCCCGUCGGCCAAUCAGAGGGGUGGCCUUGUCGGGAGGCGGGAUUUGAAAUUGCACGCACGUGGAGUCGGGGCCGGCGGGAGGGAGCGAGCGAGGUGGCGCUUCAACCCGACGCGCUGCUGAAUACUCGGUCGUUACGAGCUCGCCCCCGUUCUCAUUAUAACUCACGUAUCUCGUUAAAUUUCCUCGGGUAUUUGUGGCGGUUGUCUCGUCUGAGUAGACGUUUAACGGUCGCUCGUAAAUAAGCGCUCUGUUUUGUUUGUUUUCAUCCUGAAGGGUAAAGCCGCGAAGCUGGUUGCAUGCAGUAACUUCAGCAACCCGUUGCGGUGCGUGUCUAGACCAGGCUCGGUCCCCGAAGGGUUCUCAGUUUCUAGGUUUUGGCGAGGGCAGAUCUAAAUUAUUUCAUCAAGUUUCUUCCGUCUUUAACCUCCACGGUAUGAAGCUUAACCCGGACCCUCAUUACUAUCACCCAACAGCCAGUAGUUAAAGUGUUUCACGUCUUUACACCUGAGCCCGUAGGUGGGCGGCGGCGGCGGGGGGGGUUAUUGAAUACCAUUUUAUUUGGGAUUAUCGAGAAGAGAGAGCGAGACUACAAUGCCGUCGCAGCUGGACGAGUAUGAAGUGAUGUACACCAUCGGCACGGGCUCCUACGGCGAGUGUCAGAAGAUCCGGCGCAAGUCGGACGGCAAGGUGCUGGUGUGGAAGGUGCUGGAUUACGGCACCAUGUCAGAACCCGAGAAGCAGAUGCUGGUGUCGGAGGUGAACCUCCUUCGCGAGCUCAAGCACCCCAACAUUGUGCGCUACUUUGACCGCAUUAUCGACCGCAGCAAUACCACGCUCUACAUCGUCAUGGAGUACUGCGAGUGCGGGGACCUUGCCAGCCUCAUCUCCCGCUGCCGUCGUGACAGGCGUUUCCUGGAGGAGGAGUUUGUCCUGCGGGUGCUGGCGCAGCUUGUGCUGGCGCUUCGCGAGUGCCACCGGCGCACGGCCGGCGGGCGCACGGUGCUGCACCGCGACCUCAAGCCGGCCAAUGUGUUCCUGGACGCACGGCACAACGUGAAGCUCGGAGACUUUGGGCUAGCGCGCAUCCUACAGCAUGACACCAGCUUCGCCAAGACGUUUGUGGGAACGCCCUAUUACAUGUCGCCGGAGCAGUUCAGCCGCAUGUCGUACAAUGAGAAGUCUGACAUCUGGUCGCUGGGCUGCCUGCUCUACGAGCUCUGCGCGCUGGUGCCCCCGUUCACGGCCAUGAACCAGAAGCAGCUGGCGGAGAAGAUCAAGGAAGGGAAGUUCAGGAGGAUCCCCUACCGCUACUCGGACGAGCUGAACGAAAUUAUUUCCAAGAUGCUCAACCUGAAGGACUACCUGCGGCCAUCCAUCGAGCAGAUCAUGCAGUACGGCCUCCUGGCGGAGGUGCUGGACGAAGAGCAGGCGCGGGCGGCGCCCGAGAAGCCGCGCGGGGUCCCCACCACGGAGCGACGCUCUGGCGGUAGCCCCUCUGCGGAGGAGGGCUUGGUGGCAGAUCUCCGUCGCAAGGAGGAGCAGCUCCAGGCCAAGGAGCAAGCCCUGCGCGAGCGGGAGGAGCGGUUGGAACAACGGGAAAAGGAACUGUGUCUGAGGGAAAGGCUGGCUGACGAAAAACUAUCCAGGAUGGAGGAGCUGAAGCUGGAUGCGCCGGGCUGCUGCGUGCCGGCACCGGGGUCGGCGCUUGCCGAGCUCGUGAACCCAGACGGCGAGUUUGCUUUCGCACGCAAGAAGGUGCAGUUUGUGGGAGACGGCGUACAGAGCAAGGAGAACACCGGCCUGGUGGUGGGUGCGACGGUUUCGGUCGGGGCGGCAACGGUCGUGUCGCUGGCGGGGCCGUGCCGUGCACCGGUGGGACGUGGGGAUGCCCUGCGCGAGCGCCUGCAGGCAGCGAACAUGCGCACGCGCGAGCUGCGAUACCUCGAGGCGGAAUCCCAGCUCAAGAGCCGGCAGCUGCUGGGCAUGCGUUGAGCCGGUGCCGGCAACGGCCGCGGCCUCCACGACACCACCCGCUGUCGAUGAAAUACAACAAAAGUGGGAAUUUUAAAAGUUAUAGAUGUUGAAGUCAAAGGUACCAAAGAACUGGGGUUUAGCGGUACAUUUUGAGUAUUGGGCCCUCCAACUGAUAUCAAUGGCCGCAUAUUCUGAGUGAUGGUUGAUUAAAUCAAGACAGUAAUAAGUUACACGGCAAACUCGGAACUCUGGUUCUGAGUUUGCAUAUCGGCCAGUCAUCUCCCAUGCAAUGAAAUUGUUGUGGUAGGUGGUCUGUGGAUGUUUUGUGGGUACUGUUCAUUGACUGGCAGACAUUCUGCCUAGAAUUGGAUCAUGUCUGGGUAACUGGAGGUCAUGGACUGAGUGGUGUUAAGGAGUAGUGGGACUGACGGAGAAUAUUUGCUCUUAAAUCUUUGGCGAUGAUGGUGAGUGCGGAACCCCGAGUUUACUCAUUUUACGCAGCGGUGGGCACAUUUUUCAGCAUUAGUUUCUUGUGAAACAACUUUAGAGCCCAAUGCUGAUUUAAAUACUGGAAAUUACAGCAAGUUUACAUUUUGUUCAUGUAUUUUCAGCUGAGAAUCAGUUGCAUAUCUAGUUGUAUAUACUGUGUGAUUAUGAUGACGUUUCAUUCGUAGUUGCUGAAUUGAUGUAGAGUUGAAUGUUGAGUGAUAUUUAAAUCAAAUUAUAAUGUAGAUUUUAUAUUUUUACAGAAUAAAAUGCAGGCGCUGCUUAAAAAGUAUGUUGAUUUAUACCUAGUUGCAUUGUGUCACGCUCUUAGCAGCUGUUGCUGAAUGAAUGCUAAGCUUUGGAUGUAUUUUUUUUUGCCAAAUCCACUGAGUUUGUAAAAUAAACGUGAUUAUUUUACCUGG